GCGGCGCUGGUGCAGGUAAACAACACGACGCCGGACGAUGACACCAACCAAUACUGUUACUCCUCUUAUUUAACAGUUUAUUGCAGGCAAAAUGGAGAAGCCCCAACCUCUGAAGAAUGUACAGGAUUGUACAGACAUAAGUGAUUGUGUGGAGAUGUCUCGAACCUCGGGUCUGUAUCUCAAACCUAUAGCACGCCUCAGUAUCACCGUAACACUACCACAGCUCAAGUCGGGUCAGUCCAUCUCCAACUGGGAGGUUAUGGAAAAGCUGCGAACUGCCAUUUUGCCUGAAGUGUUUUCUGUGAUCAAGGUUACAAAGAGCACACUAGAGUUCCUCAGGUUUGAUGCUGAAAUUGAAAAUAGAAAGAAUCUGAUGCAGGUCAUAGGAAAAAUUGAUCAAAAGGGUAUCAAACUGAGUGGGUUCUCUGACUUGCUAAAGAUUCGAGCCACAGAAGCCAAAGUUCCUUUCCCAUCUCGCCAUGACUGGGACUGCUUCUUCAGGGAUGCAAAGCACAUGAAUGAGAUGAAGCCCGGGGAAAGACCUGAUACUGUCCACUUUCAGGACCUUCCUUGCCGUUGGUUUGCCCACUACAGUGACACCACCACGAACAUGCCCAGUGCUUAUGUUUUAAGUAAAGUUAUGUCCACCUUUGGAGAAGUUAGAGUUGUGGACAUUCCCGUGUGUGAUCAGUACCGCAAGAAAAUGUCAGCAUCCAUUAAUGGCCUCCAUACAUUCAGCUUUGGCCAAGACUUGAUAUUUGAGGCUUAUGUGCAGUUCAAAGAAUAUAUUGGAUUUGCAAAGUGUAUGCAUGCCUUACAGGGCAAGAAACUGGUAUUUAGUAAUAAUGACAAAGCUUGGAGUGCUAAUAUCAGGGUUGACUUUGAUCGCACCAAGCACCUGUCAGAGUACUCAAUAAAAAAACGUGCAGCAGAACGAGAAAAACUUAUUGCAGCCGAGCGGGAGAAAGAAGAAAAGCUUCGGAGGAAAAGGGAAAUGGAAGAAAUGAAAAUUGAGGCUGAAAGGAUGCGACUGGAGGAGGAGCAGAGACUCAAGGAAGAGCGCAAAGAAGCAAAGAGGAAAGAGAAAGAGGAAAGGAGAAAAUCAAGGGAGGAAAAGAGACGAAAGAAGAGGCUGGUUAAAGAAGAGGAAAAGGUUAAAAAAGAGGAGGAGGAGGAAGAGGCCAAGUUUGCCAGGAAGAUUGCCAUGGAGGAGCGUAAGCUGUUACUGGCUCAGCGCAAGUUAGAGAGUAUUCGUCUGCUGGAUGAGCUCUUUGAGAGGAUUAAGGUGGUGAAGCAGAAGCAAGUGGCCAAUCAGAGAGAGACAGAACUCUUCCAACAUAUUGACAAGGAAAACAGCAAAAAAGUCAAAGAAAUCAAGAAAAAAGAGUUAAAGGAACGUAAACUACAGGAAAAAAUGGCAAGCAAGGAACGCAUGCUGAGGGAUAAGCUGGUCCGUUCCUACAAGUCUAGGGAAGAAGACCGCAUGGAACAGCAACGGGAAAAGGUUCGGAAGGCAGUUCAGGGAAAGGUUCGUCUGCAAAGUGUCAUCUCAGCAGCUUCUCUCUCCUCCAUUUCGAGUGCCACAUCAGAAAGUGAUUCAGACUCGAGCUCUGAUUCAGAUUCUUCAGAUUCGUCUUCAACUUCUUCUGAUUCAAAUGCUCCUAAAGUCCUAGUUGGUCAAAUGCGCAUGGAUCAGAUGGAAGAGGAGAAACAGCAGAGUGAAUUUGGGAAUUGGCCUUCUGCUAGACCUAAUGAGCUUCAGCACUUCCCACCUUAUUACGAGGGUCAAGAACCUUACCAUUAUCACGAAGAUUGGGGACACGACGAUGUAUAUGACAGAGGAAGAGGAAGAGGCCGAGGAAGGUGGAGAUUUCCUAGAGGUCCAUGGAGAGGACGUGGCUUCCGGGAUAGAGGACGAGGCUUCAGAGAUAGGGGUCGUGGCUUCAGGGGCUCUUGGCAGCACAACAAGUUUGGCCCUGAAAGGAAAACAAACCCAGCAACUUGGUACAAGAGCGGAGAGUACAAUCCAGACAUUUCAGGAUCUAGAUCACGCUCACACUCAAGAUCAAGAUCUAGAAGGACCAGCUCCCGUUCACGCUCAAGAUCAAGAAGAUCACGCUCAAAAUCCAGAUCUCGGUCAAGAUCUAAGAGAUAUCGCUCAAAGUCCAGAUCCAGAUCUAAAAGAUCACAUUCCAAGUCUAGAUCAAGAUCUAAAUCAAAGUCCAAAAGGUCACAUUCUAGAUCCAAGUCAAAGUCACAUAGCAGGUCUCGGUCUAGAUCUCACUCUAGAAGUAGAAGAAGUAGGAGUAAGAGGCACAGGCAUUCUAGUCGUGAAAGGUCCAGUCUUUCCGCCGAUAGACGAAGGGACAAACACAGAAACGAGCGGCACAGAAGAAGCGGCAGCAGGAAAAAAGAUAACAACAAGAAGGAGGAGGAUAUUAAUUACAAUGACCUUAGAGAGAGUGACCUGGAACUGUCAAGUGAUCCAGAAGACCGUUACUAUGAAGAUGAAUAUUAUGAAGAUGAUGAAUAUGGAGAAAAUAAUUAUCAGAAUUAUUAUCCUCGAGGUCAUGAGCGUGGAGGCUACUCAAGCUUUAGAAGAGGUUUUCGUGGACGUUGGCCUCGAGGGUGGCGAGGGAGAGGCCGCGGUAAUGGGAACCCUAGCUACUACGGCCAGUAUGACAAUCGUGAUGACUGGCGUCAAGAUAAUGUGGGUAGAAGAGACCCUUACCAGGAUAUAUAUGUAAAAUAUUUUGAGAGUGUUGCUGAUCGUGAAACUGCAAAUAAGGAAGGAACUAUUGAAGAAAGGAGAGCGCGACAAGAUUACAGAGACCGAAAGGAGUUUGAGGGUUCUAGGGAACGAGAAGCUGUCCACAGAGUGCCACCGCCCAGUGACAGGAGCAGUAGUCAUGCACAUGAGGAUAUUCAUGGUGAUCCUGGCCCCAGAGGACGUGAUGAAUAUAAAGAUCAGAGAAGCAUGGAAAAAAUUAGGGGCAACAGUGACUGGACAGGAGAAUUUGAUAAAAAAGGAAGAGGAAGUAUUGAUAGAAAACCUCAGCCAUAUAGUGAGAGUCAUAAAGGAGACAAGAAAUUAUUAGAUAGAGUAGACUGUGCACAGGAGAGGAGGGUACCAGAGAAGCUCGAACAAAAACAUUUAAGAGUUGAAGUGGUUGAUGUUAGAAAGCAUGACCCUGGCUUAGACUAUAGUCAGAGAUACAGCAGGGAAAAACCGAGAUUUGAUAGAGGGGAAGGUGAGGAUGUUAGAAAGGACCUGGUUCUACGUGAAAGAGAGAAACAGAGUGAAUUAGGAGAGAGAAACAAAAGUGGACAGAGUUAUGAUAGCAGUUCUCGACUCCCCAGUUGUGUGACAAGGGACCUUAAUGAAAAAAGAUAUGGAGUUACAGAGAAACCAGCUUUUGAAAGAAUGCAUGAAAAAGAUGGCAGUAAAGAUUUUGGCAUUGAUAUGAGAUGGAAGAAUCAGGUUCUAAGAGCUGAUAUGGAACGAGAUAAACGGGAGAUAUCAGUGAAAGACAGAUUGAGUUUUGGAAAUGUUAAACGUCAUAGCGAUAUUGAGCUUAACGAAAAUAGAUCAAAGCAUCUUGUUCCGAUUAAAUCAAUGAAAAUGAGAAGCAUUGAGCUUGCUGAGACUAAAGGACGACGAGACAAUGAACGCUUUGAAACGAGGGGGAGACGGGACGUUCAUCCUAAAGACCCCAGAGGGAGUCGGGAAUUUGUCCGUAAUGAUAGGAGAGUUAGAGACGACAUAAGGCAUAAUGAAACUAGGGAGAGGUCUGACCCUGAACGUACUGUAGAUAGAGACAGACGUGUUGAACAUAGUGAAUUCAGAAAGAAACGCGAGCAUAGUGAAGCCACACAGAGUUAUAAGUCUGACAGUGAAUCAGAUCAUAGUGAGUUGCACAGAAAAAGACAGCACAGUGAUAGUGGCAGGAAGAGAAGGAAAAGAAGAAAGAAAAAGAGAGAUAAAAGAAGUGAUGAUGCAAGAAAACAUAAGCAUAAAAAGAAGAAGAAAAGGGGAUAAAUGAGACACUAAAGUUAUUUGUUGUGGAACUCUUUCAGGUUUAUAAAUUACAUGCAGUAUAAUUUAUGAAACUGGUAGAGAAUAUUGUGGAGAGACUUCGAAAGGCAGUGAAACAAAAGUGAAAACUUGUCAUGUUACCUAAAAGUUAUUUUCUUUCAGGGAAGAACCAUGGACAUAUAUUACUGCAAUGAUUUUAAACCAAACUCUUUUACAGAACAUGACAAAUAAGUUAAUUAGAAAAGUGGAAUUAAACCUUCUUGGACAAUGUUUUCUAGUUACACAGAGUGCUAAUGUAGUAGAUAUGUAGUUUUUGUUUGUCGUGGAAUAGUUGACUGGCAUUCAGAACCACUUUUUACAUAUCCAGUGUAACAAUUGGAUCUUUUUCAGGUUUCUCUUUCAGCUUAGCACAUUUCUUACACAGGAAGAUAAUUAAUAAACAAUUUAUCAAAUGUUGGAGCAGUGACACUGAGGCAUAUGGUACAGUAUGUAGAACUGAGAGAACUACAAUAAGCAUAAACGUGAUUAUGCUAUCAGUGCAGUGACAUAAGAAUCUACAGUAUUUCACUGAUGUUCAAACAAUGCAAAUCAUAGAAAGGCAUGAUCUCUGAAAACCUGGAUAAAUGUAAAAUACUGUGGACUGGCAAGUUAAGUGAUGGUGCUUCCUACAGAGGAUAGAUUACGUAAUAUUGGUGAAAAGCUUCAUGUAGUGAAUGAACUGAUUGAGAGUGAUAGUGAUCAAAACUUAAGAAUUCUUAUGUGAUUUUGGAUGAAGAAAUUUUUUUUUUUGUGUAACAAGAUAUUUCAUGCAGUGGUACAGACCAAUACACUUCUCAGGAAAACAAAACUUUAGAAAGAAUUAAAGUUUCUCGCUGGAUUUGAUUACGAAAAGACUUUAUUUUAAUUAAAGAUCCAUAUCUGACAGCUUUCAGUUUGAACAGAGAAUGGUGAUCAUGACAGGUUAAUGAGUAUUGUAAUUUGAUAUCAUGCAGUAAACUGUUUGUCGAUUUGUGUGCAAUAUCUGACUGUAUAAGAUAAGUACAGUACUGUAAUGUAGCACAAUGCAUAUAUUUUAAGUAAGGUGUUUUGCAGUCCUCAGUUCUGCAGUACAUACAGUACUUGUGUCUUGAAAGUGGGGAAUUACAUAAACUUGACAUAAAGUGAACAAAGUACCUGGUAUGUUGAUAAGUUUCAAAACUUUUUAUAUAUGUCAAGUUACUUGGCAGUGAACCAGUGAACUCAGUGGUGUGAAAAGAAUGUUUGUUGCACAACACACGUUUUUUAGUGACAACUCUUUUAUUUUAUAAUAUACUGUACAGUAAAGGGAAAGGAAGAGCAUACAGUAUGGAACCAGUAUACAAGUUUGGUAACACUGAGUACCUUUGGGAAAAUGCUGAAAUGUGUCUGUCCAUAAUAAAGAAAAUCAUUCAGGAAAAUUUUUAUUUACAUAAUUUUAUAAUACAGUAAUGUUAUUUAAUGUGUGUAAAUUUAAGUUAUUUUAUUUUUUUAAAUUUGGGUAAUUUAGGCAAGAUAUGAAUACGUAGCACUUACUCACUUAAAAUUAUUUUGCAUCUCAUUUUUCAUGAUUAUUGUUUAAACCGUGAAUAACCAGUGUAUAAUAGUUUCUCAUCCAUAUAUCUUUGAAGCAUGUGUGAUACAGUGUUGGUGUUUUGAUUACUAUUAAAUUCGGAAUUACUGCGCUGUAUACUGUAAGGGCAACUCGGCCAACCCGCGUCAGCACUAUACAGUAUACAGUACACCAUACUUUAAAUGCAGGUUGUGUCACAUGUAUUUUGUUUUCUGCAUCGUGUUGUAUGCUUCUCUCAUAGAACGUACUGUAAGCUAGCACAAGUAUUUUUUCUUCUUUUCUUUUAGGAGGUUGGACUUGCCCUAUUGGUGCACAGUUGUAGGAUUUUGCUGAGGAGAAGAGUGGACUAUGUCGGUGGUGUAUCCCAUAUAGGAAUAAGCCUGGUUGUCAGCAAAAGAUGUGUUCUAAAAGUCCUUGCGUAUAACAAAUUUAUGAAUGUCGGGGCAAUUUUCCAGAUAAGAAUCAUUGUAAUUAGGGGGAGGGGUGUUGGUGUAUUCCCAGCAGGCAACUUUCACCACAUAUUUUUUUAUAUACGCUCCUUAUUAUCCAAGGCUAUUAGGGACCAGGGUUGCAUGUAUACUGUAGUAUGGUACCAGUAAAUGUGAGGAAUAAAUUAAAAUUAGUUAUGUUAAUAAAGAAGAAAAUAUAAAAUACUGCAUUGCUAUUUUGCAAUAUUGUAUGUAGUUCAUUACACACAGGAGACUGGAGUGGCUGAGAUCCCCAACACUGCUCCCUCCUCCUCCCACGAUCUGCACACUAACUCUCAUGCAUGUAAGAAAUGUUUUUUACUGUCGUGUUUUUGACCUUAUUAUGAUCAUUUAUUUUUUUGUACAUUUUCUAUGAAUGAUUGUGUGUGCAUGUAACAGAGUAAAAUAUAUCAAUAAAGUUAUGCAUAUGUACCCAAAAUUAUGAGUUGAAAAAUAAAAAUAACACAGCUUGGCCUGGUAGGGGGAUGUAGCUACAGAAACAGUCCACACAUGCUGAAUGUUCACUUCAUACACACCCAUGCUCUUCAUUUUUCUUUUAACAUCCUGACAAUGUGAUGUUGAUAAAAGACAUGGGUAUCAGUGUUACCUCUUAUUAUUAAAAUUUAGAACAGUUCAAGUGUGAUGUUAUUGUAGAUAAUUUGUUUUAAUUUGUAUGAUACUGUAUAUGGAAAUUCAUAUUUAAGUUGAAGAAAAUGGCCUGUCAGAUAAAAAAAUGUCUUGGCAGUCAGAGGCAGGGAGAUUGUGUUCUUGAUCGACUCACCCUGUUGUGCCUACUUACCCUGAAUUCUUGACAACUGUGGUCAUAUUCUCAAAUUUCCUCAGGCUCUCACCACAAAACAAUGAAACCAUGUCUAUAGACAAAAUACUUGUAAGCGUGGUAAAUCCUCUUGUUUUUAAUUUAGUUCUGAUGGAACUUGGUAGGGUUGUUCUCCUUGGCAAGAUCUCUAAUUGAAAUAUAGAUGAGUAAUUAUAGGCAUUUUAAUACUGUUUUGUAUAUUAUACCUGGAGUAACCAAAACAUGGAAAUUACCACAUUUCAUGUUUUGGACUCGUGGCCACAGUUUAUUUUUAUGCUCAGUAUUUUGCCCCCUUAUUUUAGACAGUUUUGGCUCAUAUUGUCUCCUUGGAUGACUAAUCAGGGUGGUGGUUGACCUGGAUCUUGAUGUUCUUAGGGGGCAGGGGAUACUUUAUUAGCUAUUUUCAUAGUAGAGCAGUGGGCAGGCACAUUAUGAGUUAGAAGUUGGAGGUGCUGUGCACUAACUGAAAGCAUCUGAGUUUAAAAGGCAGGUUCGCCCUUAUAGUGGGUUUUGAAAAUGAAUCUACAGAACUUGUUAAAUAAACUUUACUCAAAUUAAGAGCAUUUUUUGUUAUGUUUGCAUUUUCAGUUACACAGAGAAAAACUAGAUGAUUGCAAAUGUUCUUUUUCCAAAUUGAUUGGUUUGAAAUUAAAACUCAAACUGGUAUAUAAAAACAUUACUUAGUACAGUUCUGUUACCUACUGGUACCCACUUAAAUUUGUAUGAUGAGAAAGUAUUGGAACUAAAUUGAAAUUGAAAUUUGCAUUAAUUUAGAUUGUACAUAUUUGGUAUUUCUGCUCCAGUUGAAUCCCCAAUACAGUACCAAUUUCUUAAUUUACAGUAUUUGUACACUUCUACUGUUUUAGGCAAUUUUGUUUCCAAUUUACUGUACAGUGUAUAGCAAGUUAUUACAGAGAAUGGGGUUUCUAGCUAAAAUUUUAUUGCCACUAAAAUGUCACUUACAGGGUGACCCUUUCCUCAACAUGUCAUCACAGGUAUUGAUUAAUAGUACAAAUGUGUUUGGUAGCAGCAUCUCAUAGUAUACAAGUAUUGUGCUGGAAAAUUGGUGAUUAUUGACUUUGAGAACACUAAUAUUUUUGUAUGAUUUAUUUAUCUACUUAAAGAGUUUUUUGUCUUGUCCGUCUGUCCAUCCAACCAUCCAUCCUGUGUGACGACAUUGGGGGCUCUCUCUUAUGAUGUCAAUCCGUAAAGUUCCCAUGAUAUGAUAUGAUAUGAUAAGGGUCUUGUCAUUUUUAUUUUCCUCCGUGCUACUGUUAGUGUCUUCAUGGAUUUUUAUAAAUGUACUAAAGUAUGAUUGUAUAAAUAUCUCAUUAAUAUUCUCUUAAUACUGUACGUUGUUGAAACAUAGGUAGAAGAGAGCCAAAGUUAAGAUGAAGGAAAGGAGGUUGUAUGUUAGGGAGGUGUAGGUAAUGAAAUUUUGUAGGAGUAUGAGACUUUCUUCAUGGUAAAUAGAUACCCCGGUAGACAGUAAGUACAUACUGGUGAGGUAAGCAUGCGAGGAAAGAUGAAAUGAUUGAGUUUGGAAAGAAUGGCUUGUGUCUUCCUUGUGGGGAUUGUUUUUUGUUUUUGUUUUUUGUUUUUAAGGAAGUGAUAGAGAAAUUAGAAAUAUAAGUACAGUACUGUAUUUUAUACCCACGUCAAGAAAUGUGCACACAACACGGUAUAAUAACAUAUAAUUAUACUCCAAUUUCUUAAAUAUAGAAAAUUUCCGAGAAAAAGAACACAAAGCGAGCUACCUAUUUUGUGUACAGGUAUCUAAAAUGGCAACACUGCAUCUGACGCGACACAGGUUACAGCUGAGCGGAGUAUAUCGUGAAUCAAUACUUCUGUGGCCUGUAACGUAAAAAGUACUGUACAGUAUAGUCACAGAAUGAGUAUUGAGGUAAGUGGGUUUUAUACUUUUUACCAAUUUGUGGAAGUCAUUGGCCUCAGCAGGAGAGAGGGGAACAGUAUACUUUUGAAAGUGUAAAUAACCUUAGUAAUGAUAGACAUCGAACAUUGUCACUGGUAUUUUGAGGCAAGAUUUGUAAUAGCCAUACUUCAGGUACAGUACCCCAGUUGUGUUUGUGGAUGUGUUUCACAUAUUUUCUCCAAUUAUUAAUACUGAAGUGGAAGUAUGAUACAUUUGAUAUGUUCCGUAUUAGUUUUAUUUAAUGUACGUACCUUUCAGGAGUUCUACUGCCCCAAGGUGUUCAGUUGUGAGUUGUAGAAUUUGCUCAUGUUUCAACUAGUCUUGUUGACCUUGAAAAUUGCUUGCUGACUUUGGUAAACUCUUAAAAAUUGUUUGGCUUCCAUGAUGUACACAUUCAUGGCUAUUGAAAACUUAAUGAUAAGGCAUGUAUUGUACAAGUAUUAAUUGAUAGCACUGUAUACUUAUAAUUUUCUUGUACAGUAUAUUUGUAUAUUAGUUUUUUAGAAAUGAACCUUAUUAUGACAUGGAUGAGUGUACUGUUGUAUAGUGACAUAUUAUUUUAUUCGGUCUUCAACCCCUGAAUAAAAUUGUCAUGCAUUGGCCAAAUAGAAUAUUAAAAGUGAAGGGGUGAAAACAUGUCUCAAAAAGAUAAUAGAGAUAGCAUUUCAUUAUUGUCCAGUUAUUGUGAUGCAGAACUUUGACUGUAGCCCUGAAUAUUUCUUAAAGUUUCAAGAAUGAAGUUGAUUGGUAUCCAAUGUUUGUGCUUGAAGGGAUAAAAGGUUUAAUUUCCUUUCCAUGGGGGAUAUAGACUGAGGAAAUAGCAGUUGUCAGAAAGGAACACAGAGUCCUUGUCUCAUGGUCAGGUCAACUUCAGAAGAUUGUAUGUACAUUAGAGACAUUUUUUUUGUUUCCCCCUUCUUUUCCUUCUUAAGUACAGGUAUUACUGUUACCUGUUAUAAUUUCAGGAUUAUGAUUAUUUCCAUCAUCUUCAUUAUUAGAUUUUUUUUUCCUCCCUCCUGUUCCUGGCUGUACUGUACUAUACAGGUAUACUAAAUUUGAUGGCUAUAUCACAUUAUUGUUUUGUAUUUUAUGUCAUCAGUGCAUAGACUGUAUGGGGAGGUCAUUGGUGUACACCUAUCUGUUAAGUGUGUAUAAACGUUUACCCAAGUUUGUGAAAAGGAUUUAGUAAAAAGUAUCCUGUUUAGAACAUUGAAGUUUGAAGGCUUCUUAGUGAACAUUAUCUCAAAAAUGUAUCUGUCCACACUGUGUGAAACACUAUGAGACCACAGAUGAUAGAUAUUGGGACAUGCAAUUACAGGUAUUUGGUAUAUAGUUUAACAUAAGUAAUGCAAUGUGUAUCUGUUUUAGCAUAAUUAAUAUGAUGUUCGGUUACCAAAUGUAGCAGGACUAAUAUGCCACAGAGCCAUGCAUACCAACCCUUCCGGGACAUCACAAAUUACACAUAGCAUUUCGGAUGGCAUCUCCACCCGUGGGAGCUGCCUUGAUGUGGUGGUGGGCUUGUGCGUCCUGAUGAUCCGGUGAGCAGGACCACAGGUAUGCUUGGAGGCAAGGAAAGGGUUUCUCAAACUGGGUAGGUCACUGGGGAGGGUUCAGACAAAAUGGCUCCUAUUCUUCUGCCGGUUUUGAGAGCAGACCGGCAACAUCGUCCCCAGCCCAGACUACUGGGGCUGGAAUAUUCUCCCACGUAUUAGCCAUGCAUGGUAUCCCAUAAUACUGGGAGUCCUGGCAGUUGACUGACGCAGCACACUGUGCCCUAUUAUGGUAGUAGCAACACACUUCUUUGGUCCCCUACCCCAGUUAGACUGGCGGCUUGGUUGGGUUCGAUCAAGUCAAUCUGCUGGUCACAGUGUGACUAGGGUCAAGCGGGCAUCAGGGGGCCUGGCACUCCUAUGGUCCAGGAGCUGCUGCCUUGGCCACUUGGUGGUUACCUGCUUAUGCUACCCCUGGGGUCACCAGGGUUUUAUCUCUGGCAUUGACCUCCCCUAGUUGGGCUCUGUGGUGCAUGAGGGGGUGGGGGAAUUGAGUAAUUCGGGUUUUGUAUGGGAGAAACAAACUCAAAUAACUCGGCCAGUUACUCCCCCUGAUGACCCUGCACCUCUCCCUGGACCCUCCUUUGGAUCAUCAAUUGCUACAUUGCAGCCCUAUCAGAUUGAUAAAAGUGGCUCUGGGUCAUGGCAAUUACCUAAGUAUAAGAGCCACAGGAGACCCACUGGCCCUGGCAUCCUCCAUGAGAUCUUACCAGGUGUGUUCAGGCAGGUAGAUUUUCAAAAUAUCUAGUUACCCAUACCGUGGAAGGCAAGCUUGUAGUAGACCUGGGCGUUUUUUAUGUUUACAGGUUAUAAGUAACAAUUUGUGGGAGAGAAUCAAAAGUAUCCUCUCAGCAAGAUGGUAGCUUCCUGGUGGAGGUCUCCUUUCCCCAAGGAGAGUGUUUGACUCUGUACCCUGUCUGAGGUACUUGGUGCCCCCAGCCUCCUGUACUCCACAAGCCACCUUUAACCAGUGUUGAGGGGCGGUAUUGUCCAAAGAGUUGCUCCGAUACUUGAGGAAAAGCUUCUGGAGGAGCUCCAAGUCUAAAAGGUGGUGAAAGUGGAUAAGUUCCACAAGAAAGAAAAUGGCAAUCUUAACCCUUCACAAAUUCUGUUAUUGACAUUUGACCGCUUCGAAAUGCCUACCUCUAUCAAGGUUGCCGCCUUAAGGUGAAACCAUACACCCCAAACCCUAGAUGAUGCUUCCAGUGUCAGACGUAUGGCCGUGUUAGCCACAUUUGUCGUAAGUUACAACAGUGUUUUCCUGCAGUAUGUGUAACUGUGGUAAAGCCCAUGAGGAUCAGAAAUGUCCAGGUCCGGUCUGCAGUUUUCACUGUAGUGAGGCGCACCCGGCCUCUUCUAGUGAAUGUGACCGGUUCCAAUUAAAGAAAGAGAUACUAAAGAUCUGUACAAGAGACAAAGUGAGCUUUGCUGAAGCCAGAAGCACCACUGAAAUACUGUAUGUCUCAAGGCGACAUGUGACCCAAGCUGUUGCGUCGCCAGGGAUGUAAUUGCCACAAUCGAUCGGAAUUCAUCGUACCCAUCCUGGCAGAUACUUGUUUGAGAUACUGUACUGUACAUCUAAAAGAGUGUGAUUAAUAUUCCUUAAUGUUUUUUGGACUGUGUUAACUGGAUUAAGCAUAGAACAUCCACUUCAUAGUAGUGCAAAUGUGUUGUUUCUGUUAGAAAAACCUAUGUUUGGUUAUCUAAAUUCUCAAAAAAUUUGAUGGAUUGUUAAUAAAGCAUAUUUUAUUGUUUACUUUUUAUUGCAUGCUUACUAUUUUAUUUUAGACAAUUAUGUUUUUUUAUUCUUUUUUUUCCUUUGUCAAUUUUUACUUUCAAAACUUUGAGACUUUUAUACAUUUUUGCAAUACUAAAAUCUGUCUAAAGAUUCUGUGGAUUGUACUUGAAGACAUUGACUGCUUAGAUGUGUCACUAAUUUAAAAAAAAACGAGGAAAAGUGACUGAAUUGGUUUGAAGUUUAAGUUCCUGAAAUACUGUACAUUGUAUGUCUAGUUGUACUGUAUUACUGCUUUUGUUGGUAAAUUUGAUAAGUAAAGUCCUGUAUUGUAUGUGAUUAGUUGCUAUUUUUGUUGAUCAAUUUAGCAAUUAUGUGUAUACAGGUACUCAUUGUUUUUAUUAAUUAUGCAAGUGCACACUCUGUUCGAUCACUGUUUUUAUUGGUUAUGUUAGCAAAUACUGUACUGUAAUUUACUUAUUUGAUAAUUGUUUUUAUCGAUCAAGUUAGCAAACUUGUUUGAUUGCUGUUUAUUUGGUCAUUGUUGAACGAGUCACAUGUAUUUGUUUUGGCUAUUUGGGGAGGGGGGGUUAACAUUUGCAAUUAUGAGGGAUCACAUGAAGAUUAGUUCAUCAUCAUAUUUCACUGAUUAUUAAACACUACCCUAACACUACAUGGCUAGGUUAGGGUGGGUUAGGUUAGGUUUAAUUAAGGUAAGGUUAGGCAGCAUUAGGGCAGUUAACAUUAAGGUGAAAGAGACUGGAGCUACUUUUCCUCGUGUGAUCUAGUAUAGGCUUUAGUUACUUCAUUAAAACCUCUUUUACCCACUAAUCAGUAUGAUGGUAGAUGGAAAUUCCUCUCCUAGAAACUAUUAGUGUUGGGUAUUUACAGUUUAGCCUCCAUGUAACAGGUGAUGCAUUAUUUGGAGGUUUCAUUUCUAAAGGAGCUCAAGUUAAUGGACUCCCCUCCCAUAAUCUAUUAUUUGGAGGUUUCACAUUUAACGGAUUUCCCUCUCCAUAUAAUGCGUUAGAAGGGGUUUUUUCUGUAUGUCAAGAAAUUGUAAGCUUUAUUGCUCCCAUAUUCUAAGGUUCAUGAUAAGAUGAUGUGAAGGGAAAAGUGUAUAGGUAUUAAUGCCAUUUAUUUCAUACUUUGUAAACACCAUUGUCACUAUUCAUACAGAUUGAGGAGUCUUCUUAACAAAACAUUGGAGUCGAUUGCAUUUUGAUUUUCAGAUAAGUUCAGCUUUAGGAUGCCGAGGCCUAUUUACAUGAUAAUAAGUACAGUACUAGUACAGUAUACUGCACUGUACUGUACUGUACUAGGUCCAAUCCAAACCUCAGGUAUGACUACUGUUAUUUUUCUAUUUACAUCACUGCUUCCUUUCUCUUGUAUUAAAGAUAUUUUAAUGGUGCAGUAUAUACAGUACAGUACAUACUGACAUGAUUUAGCUGAGCUGUUGUUCAGUAAUUUUAAGUUUUAUAUAUAUAUAUAUAUAUAUAUAUAUAUAUAUAUAUAUAUAUAUAUAUAUAUAUAUAUAUAUAUAUAUAUAUAUAUAUAUCCA